AUGGCAAGUGGGAUGAUUCCUUUUCAAGUCCCCCAACUUAACAAGGAUAACUACGACAAUUGGAGCAUAAGGAUGAAAGCAUUGCUCGGGUCGCAAGAUGCAUGGGAGAUCGUAGAGAAAGGCUACAUAGAGCCACAAGACAAGGUUGCUCUAUCCCAAGCACAAAUGGAUAGUUUGAAGGAUGCAAGGAAGAAGGAUAAGAAGGCAUUCACCCUCAUCUAUCAAGCCUUAGAAGAAGGCAUGUUCGAGAAAGUAGCUCGUGCUACUACAAGUAAGAAAGCAUGGGAGAUCUUGCAAAACUCCCACAAAGGAGUUGAGAAGGUGAAAAAGAGGAAUGGAGAAAAGUUGAAUGACACUAGAGUAAUUGAGAAGAUACUUAGGUCUUUAGAUUCUAAAUUUAACUACAUAGUUGUAUCCAUUAAGGAAUCUAAAGAUCUAGAUAUUAUGAGUGUCGAUCAACUCAUGAAAUCUUUACAAGCCCAUGAGGAAAGACUAAGGAAGAAGGAAGGUUCAACAGUAGAAGAAGCCAAAGAGGAAGAUGACGAGGCCAAGAUCGAGGAAGAAUUGCAUCCUACAAGGAGGAAAGAAGACAAAGUUCAUUUUCUACCAGAGGUCGUGGAAGAAGAAAAGCAAGUUGAGGAGAAAGCCAACUACGCUUGUUGGGAAAGUGAAGUAGAUCCUGUACUACUGUUGGCUUACAAAGGUAAAGAGAGCAGAGAAAAGAAUACUUGGUAUUUGGGUACAGGAGUAAGCAACCAUAUGUGUGGAUGA